UCGUCAAAUAGCACGGGAGUUCCGCUCGUUUGCAGCAUGUUUUUAUAAACAAGAAGAAGGUAAGAAGGGUAGUGGCAGGACUCAUCAGCUUUCUCUGUUUCAGAUCUAAGCAGAGAUAUCAAUGGCAUCUGCUCGUCCUUCUACUCGUUUCUCAGCCGUUAGGUCCCACACAUUCUCUAAUCGCAACCGUUCCAUCUCAGGAUUCCUCGAUUUCACUACCAAAUCCACCGCCAACUCCAAUAUCUUCUCCAUCAGAACCGUCAGUUCUCGUCGUUCCAGACGAAGAUCUUUCUCCGUGAGAAACGUCGCCAGCGACCAGAAACUGAAGGAAUCCAUCUCCGACGAAGGUGCUCAACAUGCUUUGGAUUCCUUCACACCAGAUUCUGCAUCUAUCGCGUCGAGUAUCAAAUACCAUGCAGAAUUCACACCAUCAUUCUCUCCAGAGCAUUUCAACCUCCCUAAGGCUUAUUUUGCUACUGCCGAAAGCGUUCGUGAUUCUCUUAUCAUUAAUUGGAACGAGACAUAUGAUUAUUAUGAAAAGAUAAAUGUGAAACAGGCGUAUUAUCUGUCCAUGGAAUUUCUACAGGGGAGAGCAUUGUUAAAUGCAAUUGGUAAUUUAGAGCUCACUGGUGCUUAUGCAGAGGCUUUGAGCAAACUUGGACAUAAUCUAGAGAACGUAGUGAGGCAGGAACCAGAUGCUGCACUUGGAAAUGGAGGUCUUGGAAGGCUGGCUUCUUGUUUUUUGGAUUCUCUAGCAACAUUAAAUUAUCCUGCAUGGGGUUAUGGGCUUAGAUACAAAUAUGGUUUGUUUCGCCAAACUAUUACAAAAGAUGGCCAGGAGGAGGUUGCAGAAAGUUGGCUUGAGAUGGGGAAUCCCUGGGAAAUUUUGAGAAAUGAUAUCACAUAUCCUGUGAAAUUUUAUGGUAAGGUUGUCUCAGGAUCAGAUGGAAAGAAACAUUGGGUUGGUGGUGAAAAUAUAAAGGCCGUCGCAUAUGAUGUUCCGAUACCAGGAUAUAAAACUAAAACCACAAUUAACCUUCGCCUCUGGGCAACAAAAGUUCCCUCACAAGAUUUUGAUUUACAAUCUUUCAAUGCUGGAGAGCAUGCCAAAGCAUAUGAGGCCCAAGCAAAUGCUGAAAAGAUCUGCUACAUACUAUACCCUGGAGAUGACUCAAUGGAAGGAAAGACUCUUCGUCUAAAGCAACAAUAUACCUUAUGCUCUGCUUCUCUUCAAGAUAUUAUUGCACGUUUUGAGAAGAGAUCUGGAAAAUUGGUCAAUUGGGAUGAAUUUCCUACAAAAGUUGCAGUGCAAAUGAAUGAUACCCACCCAACACUGUGUAUUCCAGAGCUCAUCAGAAUAUUGAUUGAUGUGAAAGGGUUGAGCUGGAAGGAAGCUUGGACCAUUACCCAAAGAACUGUUGCUUAUACAAACCACACAGUUCUUCCCGAGGCACUGGAAAAAUGGAGUUUUGAGCUGAUGCAGAAGCUGCUUCCUAGACAUGUUGAGAUCAUUGAAAUGAUUGACGAGGAGCUGAUUCACAACAUAGUUUCGGAGUAUGGCACUGCAGAUCUUGAUUUGUUAUCGGAAAAACUGAAAGAAAUGAGAAUCCUGGAGAAUUUUGAGUUACCUGAUUACUUCGUACCAUUACUUGUCAAACCAAAGGAAACUGCUGCUGCUGAUUUGGAUGAUGAAGUUGGGCCUGAGGAAAAAGAAGUUGAACCAGAGGAGAAAGUAGUUGAAACAGAGGAAAAAGAAGUUGAACCAGAGGAAAAUGAAGUAAAAGCUGUGGAAAAGGAUCCAAUCGAUGAUGAACCGGCGUUGUUUGAGCCAGAUCCGAAACUGCCAAAACUUGUUCGAAUGGCUAAUCUCUGUGUUGUUUCUGGCCAUGCGGUAAAUGGGGUUGCUGAGAUUCAUAGUGAGAUUGUAAAAGAGGAAGUCUUCAACAGCUUCUACCAGUUGUGGCCUGAGAAAUUUCAGAAUAAAACAAAUGGGGUGACUCCUAGACGGUGGAUCAGGUUUUGCAAUCCUGAUCUUAGUAAAAUCAUAACUAAGUGGAUUGGUACGGAGAACUGGGUUCUAGACACUGAUAAGCUGGCAGAACUUAGAAAGUUUGCUGACAAUGAAGACCUCCAGACUGAGUGGAAGGCAGCAAAAAGGAGCAACAAGAUGAAGGUCGUGUCAUUUUUAAAAGAGAAAACAGGAUAUACUGUCAGUCCUGAUGCAAUGUUCGAUGUGCAGGUAAAGCGCAUCCAUGAAUACAAACGCCAAUUGUUGAAUAUCCUGGGAAUUGUUUAUCGCUAUAAAAAGUUGAAAGAAAUGAGUGCUGAAGAAAGGAAAGUCAUGUUUGUUCCUCGAGUUUGUAUAUUUGGAGGAAAAGCAUUUGCUACUUAUGUACAGGCAAAGAGGAUAGUGAAAUUCAUUACUGAUGUUGGAGCUACAAUAAAUCAUGAUCCUGACAUAGGAGACCUAUUGAAGGUUGUUUUUGUUCCGGAUUACAAUGUCAGUGUUGCAGAACUACUCAUUCCUGCCAGUGAAUUAUCUCAGCAUAUCAGCACUGCUGGGAUGGAGGCAAGUGGAACAAGCAACAUGAAAUUUUCAAUGAACGGUUGUGUUUUGAUUGGGACAUUGGAUGGGGCCAACGUUGAAAUAAGACAAGAGGUUGGAGAAGAAAACUUCUUCCUAUUUGGCGCUCAAGCUCAUGAGAUUGCAGGGCUCAGGAAAGAAAGAGCGGAGGGCAAGUUUGUGCCUGACCCUCGAUUUGAAGAGGUCAAGAAAUUUGUCCGAAGUGGCAUUUUUGGAACAUACAAUUAUGAUGAGUUGAUGGGAUCCUUGGAAGGGAAUGAAGGUUAUGGCCGUGCAGAUUAUUUCCUCGUUGGCAAGGACUUUCCUAGUUACAUUGAAUGCCAAGAGAAGGUUGAUGAGGCAUACCGAGACCAAAAGACAUGGACGAAGAUGUCAAUCUUGAAUACGGCAGGCUCAUACAAAUUCAGCAGUGACCGGACAAUUCAUGAAUAUGCAAAGGAUAUAUGGAAAAUUGAACCUGUCAAUUUACCAUGAAGAGGAGAAUGAUAAAUGAGGCAGACCCAUCUUCCACUGUGUGCUUAUGAUGAAGGUAGUCUUUCCCCUCAUUGAAAUUUGUACUUGGAAUUAUUUUCCAAAUGUUGGUGUUGGGGUUUGCCUUAUAAGGGAUAUAUGUUCAGGACAAUAAAUGUUGGAUUGUAGACCCUACUCAUGCCCAUUUAGUCAAGGUAGCUUUGCCAUUUGGACCUUUCUACACUGGUUCUGAUGUGCUUGAUGACAGAGGACCAUCGGGGAAGAGGAUGACCACUGUCAGCUGAAGAUUAGUGGUUGUUUGGAGCCUCAAAAGAAGAGGGAUGUUGCUCCACAGAACUAAGAAAUCCCAUUGAGUUUUGUAUUUGAAUUUGUGGUUAUCUCA